AUGCCAUCAUCGUCGUCGUCUCUCUCCUCUCCGCCGUUGCAAUCGGCAGCUGAGGCCUCCGCAGAGAGUCGCUUAAGGGAGGCGGAGGACCGCCUAAGGGAGGCAAUAGAGGAGCUUCAGCGUCGGCAGCGCCGCGCGCGUGAGAUUCAUCCUCCUUGCGACCACCCUGACGAAUCAUGCGUCGCCAACGCCAUCGGUAAUCUUUGCCAGAGCUUCCUCCUCUCUUAUGGUGUUCGCGUCGGCAUCGGAAUUCUCCUUCGCGCCUUCAAGCUCGCUCGCAGACAAUCGUAUUCCUCUCUCCUUGAUCUCAAGCAACUUGUCUCAGAGAAAGAUCUGAUAGUAAGAGAGGAAGCAUGUCGAAUUGGUUUACUGUUUGGUGGAUUUACUGGGUCCUAUCACGCUCUUAGGUGUUUGUUGAGGAAGCUGAGAAAGAAAGAGACCCCAUUGAAUGCAUUUUUAGCAGGUUCAGUCGCAGGUUUGUCUAUUUUAGCAUUAGAUGAUUCCAACCGAAGGCGUACUCUUGCUUUGUAUCUUUUGGCUAGGUUGGCCCAGUGUGCUUAUAAUUCUGCAAAGUCCAAGAAUAAGUUUCACCUUUGGGGAAGCCAUUGGAGUCAUGGUGAUUCUUUACUCUUUGCUUUAUCAUGUGCACAGGUUAUGUAUGCCUUCGUGAUGCGUCCUGAGAGCUUGCCAAAAUCAUAUCAAGAUUUUAUUCAGAAAACUGGGCCAGUUGCACAACCUGUAUACAAGGCUGUGAGGGACUGCUGUAGAGGUUCCCCAGUAGAUGUUACCUCACUGUCGGCCUACUUAGCCAACAGAAGGAACUUCAACUCCGUGAAGUUAGAAGAAUUUCCUUCUAUUAUUCCUUGUUCCAUAAUUCACCCAGACACGAAGUCAUGCUUAGCUCACAAUGCAAAUGCAGCAUCAGCUACUUUUAGGAAAACAUUUCCUCUUUACUUCUCUUUGACUUUUGUACCAUUCGUUGUGCUGCGUCUACAAAAGUUCAUGGAUGCUCCUGUUCGCACCUGUUGGAAUGCUCUUACAGGAGCUGUUCGCUCGACAGCAUUUUUGUCUGCUUUUGUUGGAAUUUUUCAGGGAGUCAUAUGUUCACACCGGAAAGUGGCGUCAGAAGACCACAAGCUUGUAUAUUGGGUUGCAGGCGGAUUAUCUGCCCUCUCUGUACUAUUGGAGAAGAAAGCUAGACGUGGAGAACUUGCCCUAUAUGUCCUUCCACGAGCUGGAGAUUCCUUGUGGUAUAUUCUAGUGAACCGCCAUCUGCUUCCAAAUAUCAAGAAUGCUGAGGUGGCUAUGUUCUGUGCUUGUAUGGGCGGAAUAAUGUACUAUUUAGAACAUGAACCUGACACCAUGGCUCCAUUUCUCAGGGGCUUGAUUCGCCGUUUCCUUGCUAGCAGAAUUAGCAGCCCGGGCCCUUCGUCAACUCGAAAUGCUUCUUACACAUAUUUACAAACUCUAGAUGCCAUGAAGAAACCGAAAUUGUUGGAGAACCGAGGGGCUGAAACAACGGCUUCAGAGAAGUAUAAUCUUGAAUCCAUUCCUGGGCUCUGA